GUCAUUGCGCUGACGCACUUGCCCUCAGUGUCGGUCUGGCGUCGCAUCGCGCCGUACGCCGAAACAUGCGCUGUCUUACUAUCAUCGCUUUUGUUUACAUACUACGCGAUGCCGGCGCUUACGGCAAAACCCGGCGUUCGGAGAUCCUCGAGCAAGAAACCCUGUUGGCUGUCGGCGGGAAUACCAACCUGACGGAGCAAGAGGAUGCCGUCAACAACUGCCUCAUGCAGGCCAAGUUCCGCGAGUGUGACUACGGUUUCACCAACCCUCAGUACUUCAACUUCUCACACCACUACUUCUCCUACAAGGAAAUCAUUAAGCACUCCAAGGUAUAUAGGAUAAUAAAGGAUAUCCCCAAGGGAGCGGCGCUACAUGUGCAUGACAUGGCCAUGCUCAGUCCAGACUAUCUUCUCAAUGUCACGUAUAUGGACUAUCUUUACGUGUGCUUCGAGAAACACACUGUAAAGCUACGCUUCUCCAAGGCCGCGCCUAAAGACACCUGUGCUAUUAAAUGGCAGCUCAUGAAAAACGCGAGAAAAUAUUCUGGGGACAUUGAAAAAUUCGAUGAAAAAUUGAGAAAACAUUUUACUCUAGUGUGCGAUCAUCCGGACGAAACCUACCCCACCAUCAAGGAGUCGUGGGACACGUUUCUGGGGUAUUUCGGGACUGUUGCCCCCAUGCUGUCCUACAGGCCGGUCUGGGAACAGUACUUCUACGACGCCCUGAAGGCUUUCAGAGAGGACAACAUCAUGUACGUGGAAGUGAGAAGUGUUUUGCCCGACUUGUACGAACUCGACGGAACCACUUACGACCCUGUCGUCACAGCUAAAGCGUACAAAAAGAGCAUCAAACGUUUCAUGAAGGACUAUCCAGACUUCCUCGGGGCAAAAAUAAUAUACGCCCCAUCGAGACUGGUCGGUAGACAGCAACUCGGAGUAUAUUUGGAAACGGCAAGGAGAAUCAAGAAAGAAGUCCCGGAUAUUUUCGCUGGUUUCGAUUUGGUCGGACCAGAGGACCAAGGCAAUCCGCUGAUCGAGUUUGUACCUCAGCUAGAAGAGGCCGGGAAGGAUUUGAACUACUUCUUCCACGCAGGCGAGACCGACUGGUACGGAACUCUCACUGACGACAAUCUUGUGGAUGCCAUACUGCUGGGAGCGAAGCGGUUGGGUCACGCUUAUGCGCUGCCGAAACAUCCGAUCUUGAUGGAAGAAGUCCGUAAAAGAGACAUAGGUUUGGAAGUGAACGUGAUUUCUAAUGCCGUCCUGUCGUUAGUGCGCGACGUUCGUAACCAUCCCUUGGCCUUAUUCUUGGCUCAAGGUCUCCCAGUGGUGCUGUCCAGCGAUGACCCGGGGGUGUGGGAGGCUGACCCGUUAUCGCAUGAUUUCUACGUGGCUUUCGUCGGCGUCGCCAGUAGGCUAUCUGAUCUGCGACUGUUAAAAACUUUGGCUCUCAAUUCUUUGAAAUACAGUGCUCUAGACGGUGCGGACAAAAUUAACGCCGUGGACAAGUUUAGUCAACGUUGGAAUGACUUUAUUGUUAAUUUUAAUUGUUCAAAGUAUUGAUAUUGUGUUUGUUUAUGAGUGUGGCAGACCAACUACUUAUUAAAUUAAAAUAGUCACUUACAUAA